AUGCAACCAGAUCCACACAACACCGAUGUCGUCGCCAACAUAAACUACUUCCCUGCCACCGGCAUCCCCAUCACCAAAUCAGAAUGGAAAGUCAAAUACCUCGACGACAAAGAUGAAUACACUCGCCCCAUGCUCAUCCGCGACGUACGAAAAGCGAAUAAGACAUUCGACCUAGACGUCAACGGCUUCGCAUUCGUCACACUACCACAAAAGCAGAGAGUAGACCGACACAGCAGCGAAGAAGACGUAAAACGAGAAUACUACCCAGAGUUGGAAGAAGUAGUCAAGAAACUGUAUGAACCCUUACCCCCAUCCUCCAUUACAGACAUCAAGAUCUCAGCACACAAAACUAACACCCUCAGAACCGGCGCCUCAACCGUCCACGUCUUCAACCACGUAAUCCGCGCACACACCUCCCCCUCUGCAAAGGGCAUCCAAGACGCCCUCGGCCGAUGGCAAGACAUUCCCUCCGGCCACCCCCACGUCGACUACGCGGGCUCCGCAUCCGCCCUCAGCGGUACACUUACUGAACUCUCGCUCCCACCCCACAUCAACGAUCUCUUCACAACAUCCACGCGCUACGCCUUCCUCAACUGCUGGCGGCCCCUCAAACGCGUGCGUCGGGACCCGCUGGCCGUGUGCGAUGCGAAUACGGUGCCGGAGAGUGAUUAUCAGGUUAGGUUGAGGGAGUUUAGUCGUACGGGGAAUAGGAGUGAGAAUUAUGUUAUUAGUUGUGGGGUGGGGGAGAAGGGAGAGAAAGAGGAUGAGGGAGUAAGAAUGGGGAUGGGGGAGGGGAAGGGGCAUGAGUGGUGGUAUAUGAGUGGGAUGCAGCCGAGGGAGAUGGUUGUGUUCAAGGGGUUAGAUUCGAGGAGGGAGGAGAGGGGGUGGAGGUGUCCGCAUACGGCGUUUAGGGUUGGGGGGAGUGAGGGGGAGGAGGCGAGGGAGAGUAUUGAGGCGAGGGUUGUGGCGUUUUGGGAGUAG